AAUGAAGAUCUCGCAGUUCUUAUUGCUAUGAUAAUCUUAUCAUGCUGUGUCACAUCUCAAGUCACAGCAAGCGACUUGUUAUCAAACCCAUCAUUGCGCUGUGAAAAGUUUGAAUGGUGGCAUUGCCAUUACUACCCUUACUAACACCCUAAACCACAUUGGCCGUUCCCACGCUCUGCCCGAAAGGGUUUUCCGCCUCUCCCUGCCGGCUACAACCCCCACUUCCACCCAAUUCCGUUCCAUCCACAACUGGUAGUAACCAAAUGCUUGUCUGAUUGCAAGAAGGUAAAAACAUGUUUGGCGGAUAUCGCUAAGGCUUUUUACACUCGCAAACCUCUUAUUGGAACGGAAUGUUGCGCUUCGAUACUGAAGAUGGAUAGAAACUGUGAUAAGACUAUCUUUGGCGCUUACCAUAACCAUUUCUUUGACUGGGUUGUUAAGCUUCAUUGCUCCACCAAAGCUGGAUCGACUCCUUAUGCUCCCUCGCCGGCUUAGGGUAUUUUUUUUUUUUGGAAUGCUACUUUCAUUAAACAUAGAGGCUGCAACUGGAUAUACAUUUUUUGGAAUAAAAUUAUGUGGAAUGAGCUAUUCAUGAAGAUUCCACAGAAAAGUUACCAUUUGAGUUGAAUGAAAAAAAAUCUUUAUUCCAUCAAUUCCAAUGGAAUACAUGGAAAGGAAUGGAAUGAAGUUAAAAAUCAUUCAUAAACAAAAAGUCUCGUGAGUACUACAAGAAAAACUAUGAUUAGCUACAAAUUAGCCACAAAUUUUUGUUUUGUGGCUUUUUUUUUCACCACAAAUAUCCACAAAACAGCCACAAUUUUCAAAAUCCACAAUUUGUAGCUAGUAUGUGGAUUUUCGUAGCUAAAUAGCUAUAAAUUUUAACUUGUGGCUAUUUAAGGAGAAAUAGUCACGAUUAACCACAAAAUAUAUUGUAGAGAUA